CAGUGUGAGCCUUUUGUGAACUUCAGGGAAGAGGUUGAUAUUUCCGAGCGCAGUACAGUGUCUAUAUAGGGACACAGGAAUUGCGAGUCGAAUCUCAUAAGAGAAGAAGCCAUGACCAUAGACUUUAGUCAUCUUUGACCGGACACUUUUGAUGUCUGUUUUGCUGCUGGUUGGUACGUCUACAAAAUAGCCAUGCCCGGACACACCAAAUCUAAGGAGAGCACAGCUACGGAGUAUGAGGAAAUCUUGGUACAGUCUGGUGGUUUUGGACCCUAUCAGGUCCGCAUCUUCAUACUGGUCAGCCUGUUUGAGACACCAGUUGCAUGGGCCAUGUUGUUACCUGUGCUGACUGGAGCCAGCUCAAAAUGGACGUGCCCAGGUGAUAACAUUACCGUUAGCAACCUUUCCCAAGCAUCUGGUCAGAACGCGUCGGAGUGUGUCAUUUGCCCAGACAUCCAGUACACAGCACCCUACACCUCCAUUAUAACUGAGUGGCACCUGAUCUGUGAACAGUCAUACAUUCCAGACCUUAUUACCUCCCUUCAGAUGGCCGGAGUGCUCCUUGGCGCUCUCAUCACAGGACAGCUGGCUGAUCUCUUUGGACGUCGCAAACUGCUCUUCAUCACUUACACUCUACUGUUGAUAUUCUGGUCCGCAAGCGCGUUUUCCCCAUCCUGGUGUGUUUAUACGGCCAUGAGAGUUAUCAUUGGAGCCUGUAUAGGAGGUGUUAUGGUUGUGAACUUUGUCCUUCCCCUGGAGUUUGUGACCCCACGCUGGCGGACUUUCUGUGGGUGUAUAGGCUUCUGGGCAGUGGGUGUGAUGAGCCUUGGCCUCUGGGGAUAUUUAGUCAGAGACUGGCGACAUGUUACCAUAGCAACAGCUGUGUGUGGGAUACCAGUUCUCCUUUCUUGGUGGUUUGUGCCUGAAAGCCCUCGCUGGUUGCUGAGUAAAGGCCGUGUGAAAGAAGCUGAGAAUAUUCUUCAUGGCAUGGCCAAGUUCAAUAAGAGACCUGUGCCAGAUUUAGCGAAUCUUCACAGCUAUGCACUGAGAGAACAGAAGAUGCAAAGGGAACAGAAAAAAUUCAGCUACUGGCACUUGUGUAGUUCUUGGCAGCUAGCUAAGAAUACACUGAUAUUGAUGUAUGGCUGGUUUGUCAGUGGUUCUGUAUAUUAUGGAAUGUCUCUGAACGUUAAAAAUCUGGCAGGAGAUCGCUACCUGAACAUGUUUGUACUUGGUUUGGUGGAGCUUCCAGCUGUCAUUUUGGUCGUCUUAGUCAACAAUAGGCUUGGUAGAAGAAAAACAACCUGUGCCCUGAUGUUGAUAGCUGGUCUGUCAUGUGGAGCUAUUCUGCUGCUAGUGGUAUACAAUAAAGCCACCCCAUGGCCGGCAGCCAUGUUGACCUCUGCCAUGUUGGGGAAAUUUGGGAUAGCCGGGGCUUGGGCAGCUGUGCAGGUGUUCUCUGCUGAAAUUUUCCCCACUGUUAUAAGAAACAUUGGUGUGGGAUCGUGCUCUAUGUCAUCCCGGAUUGGAGGGAUUGUAGCUCCACAGCUGGUGUUCUUGGGGAGUUAUGGAGAGUUCAUCCCAUAUGCUGUAUUUGGAGCAUGUGCCCUAGUGUGUGCUGCUCUCUGCCUGACCCUCCCAGAGACUAAUAAGACACCUCUUCCCGAUCAGUUACACAAACAUGACACGACAAACGGUCACCUGAUCACAGCUUCAGCCAAUGAGAAUCCAGAUCUGGAGGAGAUUGAUGUCUAAUCAAGAUUCCUACAAAAACAAUUUUAAUACACAAUUUCUUUUUGUUUGCCAUUUCUUUCUGCUUCUGAGAAGUAAGCAUGUGUGCUUGUUUUGCAAUGGACAUGCAGACGUUAAGUAUUAAACUUCAGAUUAUCAAAAUAUUGUGAGUCAGGAAAUAUUUUAGGGGGCUCCAUGUCAAAAACUCCAAG